UAUACUAUUUUGUGGACAAAUAUAGAGUCAAGUAUUGGAUGACAUGUUUGUGUCAAACAGUGUCCACACGUUUAGCACACAAUUGAACGCAAUUUUUUUGCCGUCAAUUCAUUGCAUUAAUUGUUAACUAAUUUGACAUUUAAUUAAUUCAUCGUUUCGUCUGAAUUAUGCCGAAGAAUAAGGGAAAGGGAGGAAAGAAUCGAAGGCGCGGUAAGAAUGAGAACGAAACGGAAAAGAGAGAACUGGUCUUCAAAGAGGACGGACAGGAGUACGCACAAGUGAUCAAAAUGUUAGGCAACGGCAGACUGGAAGCCCUCUGUUUUGAUGGUAUUAAACGUUUGUGUCAUAUCAGAGGCAAACUUAGGAAAAAGGUUUGGAUCAAUCAGGGAGACAUAAUUCUUGUGGGUCUUCGUGAUUAUCAGGACGCCAAAGCUGAUGUCAUAUUGAAGUAUAAUCCCGAUGAGGCCCGCAAUCUUAAGUCAUACGGAGAAUUGCCCGAAACGGCCAAAAUCAACGAUACGGUCACUUUCGGUGAAGAAGAAGAAGAUGACGUCGACAUUGAUUUUGUCGAAGGAUCGGGAGAUGAAGAGAUAGACGAUAUAUAAUUGACAUCAAUUUUAUAUGCGAUUAAUAAAUAAAACAAUUGACUCAUUCAUACAAUAAUACAAUAUUGGUUUACUACAGCUUUUUUGGAUGAAAUUUUCGAUUUUUUAUAAUCAAAUUAAUUGAAUAUUUAAUAUACUGUUAUAUAACAUUUGUUUUAUUUUAUUGCAUAAUUUAAUUUAUGAUUAUUUAAUUGAGUUUAUUAAAUAUAAUUAUCGAUAUCUCAAAUUGCUGAAUACACGCUGAAUAC